GAGAGGAGGAGGUGCGGAGGUGCCAACGCAUCCCUCGCUCAGGCGCACCAGGGAGACCGACUGCAGACCGGCGAGGCAGGCCCAGGAGGAGCUUAGCGCGCCUUUUCCAGAUCCAGGAACUGAUCGGAGGGCAAAAACAAAAAAAAAACCCCAAAACGGUUUUCUUCUAGGCUUUCUCUGAGAAUCAUUACAGCAGUUCUGAGGAUGUUUCUGCUUGGCUUGCUCUUCUUGCCGGCUCUUCUGGGCAUGGUCUUUUCAGCCCCUGCUUCAGACAGUAAGAAAAAGGAGCAACCGCAGGAGAUACUGCUAAGCUUUCCAAAGGAUGAAACUAGCCUGAAUGAAAUGCUCCAGGAAGUCGAGGAGUUGAUGGAGGAUACUCAGUACAAGCUGACCAAUGCAGUCAAAGAGAUGGAAGCAGAGGAAGAAGGCUCUAAAAAGAUAAUGGGAAUUGAAUUUCAGAAGCUUCCUGCCAAUUACCAUAAUGAAUCCUACACAGAUACAAAAGUUGGAAAUAAAACUAUACACAGACAUCAAGAAAUUGAUAAGGUAACGGAUAACAAAACUGGAUCUACUAGCUAUUCUGAGACUAUUAUUACAUCAAUACAAGAAGACAGAAAGAGAAAUCAUGAGUGCAUUAUAGACGAAGACUGUGAAAUUGGAAAAUACUGUGCAUUCUCUGAUUUGGCGUACAACUGUCACAUUUGCAAACCUCAACACGGACACUGUUCUCGGGAUGUGGAGUGUUGCGGACAACAGCUCUGUGUAUGGGGUGAGUGCAUGCAAGCUGUCUCAAAAGGAGAAAAUGGAACAAUUUGUGAAAAUCAACAUGACUGCAAUCCAGGUUUGUGCUGUGCAUUUACAAAAGAUCUUCUGUUCCCCAUAUGCAGCCCCUUCCCUGGUGAGAGAGAACCUUGCCGUAAUCCUUCAGAUGGGCUUCUCAACCUAAUUACUUGGGAGCUGCAACCAGAUGGAGCUCUUGAUCGGUGCCCAUGUGCUCAUGGGUUGAUUUGUCAGAAACAGAGUUAUAGCAGCGACUCUCUUUGUGAAUUAUCACGGAACAAGACUCAAAGCGAGGACAAAAAACAACUACUAGCAGAUGAAUUAUCACUUCUGGAUUUUGUAACUGAAGAUAUUCCUGGUGAAUAUGAAGAGAGACUGAUCAAAGUGCAGAAAGAACUGGAAGAUGGAGUGACUGAUUUAGAAAAAUUAGCUAUGGCUAGUGACCUUUUUGGAGAGGAAAUAUAAGUCCAACAAGUUAAUUGACCACACGCACACUAUUAUCGCUGUUUCAAGAGUUCUUAUACAUACAUGGUAUACCUGCACCUCUUCUCUGCUGCAUAGAAGUGCAGUUAAGUCCACUUAAAUAGAUUAAUGAAAAUAGAUUCUUCUAAAGCUCAAGCUAAAUACUGUAUAAUGGGUAGAGAUCUCUACCUUUUAAGUACUGUUUUGAGCUGGUUAAGAGUUAGGAUUGAAUUAAUUUAAGUCAGAUGGUUUGAAUUAUGUAUUUCCUGUAUAUAUUGCUUCUUUAAAAGAGAUUCCAGCUAUUUUCUCCUUAAAAGCUCAAUGAUACUGAAGGAUGCUAUGUACCUUAUGACCAGAACCUAUAGGAACUUGGUAUAUAUGCAUAGGAUAACUGUUUUAGUUAUAUUGAUUACACCGGAUAGAAGUGGUAGCUUCACAUCUUGGUUUGGAAUGAACAUUUCCUGAAUGACAAUAUGGCUGAAAUUGGAUGGGUUGUACUGCAAUAAAACUGAACACUCCUCAUGGCAAGACAUGUAAAAUGUGUAUCUACAGGUAUUUAUAAAUAGCACUUAGACUUACAUACCACUUCA